UUUAUUUUGGGGAUUUAUUUACCACUACAACAUCGAGAUUUGAUAGCAAACACUUGUACUAUCACCAACCUUAUGAUCUGUGGAGCUCAAUUUAUUGUCGGAAGAUGAAGCUGUUAGACCAAUUUGGCUUGGAAGGUUUGAGUUCGCAAUUAAGUAACGGUAGUAAAAGAUAUAAAAUUGAUGCCAGGCUAGAAAGCUAUUCAUGCAAAAUGGUUUCAGAAGAGAAACGUCAAUAUAAAGAAUUAGUUUCUCGUUUAAAUAGUGAUGAAAAUCAAGAAUCUCCUGCCCUUUACCUUGGGUCCUCGCAAACUCUACGGGAUUUGUAUGAAAUGACUGGACAAGUGGUCGAUCCCGAAACAAUUCGGAUGAGUAUCAUCCAGGAUCAGUCACCACCGAAUUCUUCCAGCCUCUCCCCUCCCAGAAAUGUAUGCAGCGGAAGAAAACGUACUCGAUCUGAAACAUCUAUAUGUUUGAAUGAUAGUACUUCAGAAUCACCGUCUCCAAAGUUUCCAACCUCAGCUCUAUCAACCAAAGAUUUGUUCUGUUUAAUGAGUACAUUAAAUAGUUGUUUUGGCCCUGCCUAUGAUUUCCUUACUGCUAGAAGUGAUGAAUUUUGUUUGGAACCUGAACUAUGGCUUGUAAAACAUUACAUUUCUCGGUUCUGUUCCAUUUAUGUGGAUAAAUACGAAGAUCUAGCACCUCAUCUUUGAAAGUCAUCGGUGAUGAAAUUGUGCCUGCUCAAUGUCGCAUAUAUAGUUAUCGUCCUGAUCAUCUAUCCGAUCCAUACAGCUCAGGAUGUUUAGCAUCUUUCAAUUAUUUUUUUCAUAAUCGAUGCUUACGUCGUGUAUUAUUCUUUUCUCUUCGUGUAUUAAAUGAUUCACUCGUAGAUGAUGAUGAAGAUGAACUAACUGAAUCCAAUUUAUACUAAACAAAUUGAAAUGAUCUUAGUUGUUUAUUUGUAAACUUAUUCUCUUCAGGAAUGACUAAAAACUGUUUACGAUGAUUUGUCGAUAGUUCUAUUAUAUGACUUUCCAUAAUUCUAUCAAUCACCUAUGAGCAGAGGUACACGCAUAGUUUAUUAUACGUACUCGUAAGGAAGUUAUAUUUUUAUCAUCACCAUUAUACAUACAUACCGCAUUAUAUUGAUUCAUCCAAUAUUUCAGGGUUUUUGCAUUUAUAGUUUUUAUUUUCCUCAAAAAUAUAUUUCAUUGUACUAACAACCAUAAUACAUGAAAUGUUUUAGAAUUCCCUUUCAUUUUACCUGUAUUCACACACGACCAACAUGUUAAUAUUUAUAAUUGAUCACUUAGUUUAUCAAAUAACUUUCGUGUAUAUAUUCUUUUUGUGACAAUAUAAAUCUCUCCUACACAAAGCUUAUUAUUUAAAUGUAUUUUUUUACACAGAACUUUUCCACUAUAAAUCUGUAAUAGUUUGUGUUCUACUGAUAACCGAUAUAAGUAGGAUGUGUCACCGAUCGAAAUUGGAAUACCUGGCUGCAGAAGAUUGAGAAGAUCGAAGAGGCGAGAACGAGAACAGAGAGUUAUUGGUGCGGAAACGAAGAAACAGUUAAGUAUUUACUAUAUGGUUCUCAGAUUUUCCUAACAGAUUCUGUAAAUUUGUGUUCAAAUACAUUUGUUUGUCCCCGCCUGUGUUCUCGUUCACUACGGUAUACCCGGCUUUAUAUCACUCCCUGUCUCCCAUUCUUGUCUGGUUGGUUGUAUCUGGUUUGCGUGUCACACCCAUAUCUGUUGUCGGCUUUUACUUCAUCGAUGACUUUCCUUUUAUUCGGAUUAUGAUGCCGAACUUUCAGGUUGGCUUUACUCCCAGGAAGUCUCUUGCUAUUACCGUUUGUCCCACGCUGAACGCUCUGGCUAAUGCACUGUCUGUUGUUGAAUUACCGUUCCAUUCGUUUAUUCUUGCAGAGGUUGGUUCUAGGUUUUAGUUUCAUUUGUUCUCUAGGUAUUCUAAUUUCUCCUCCAAAAUUGCUUCUGCCGGACAUUCCUGAUUAUUUGUUGCUGGGUCGCGUGUUGCGCUGUAGGUUAGUAGAAAUCUCCUCCCUCGGCUUUAAACAUUGCUCUUUUAAACAUGUCCACGAACCUCUCGACUAAACCGUUAGACUAUGGAGGUGUCUUGAUAUGCCUAACGGCAUUGCCGAUGCAGAACUUCGAAAAUUCGACAGGGAUAAAUUGUGGUCCAUUAUUCAACACCAAUAUAUCUGGACACUCAAAGUAGCCGGAUGUUUGUCUCAGUUUUCCCACAGUAGCUUUUGUCGAGACAGACUUCAUGUAAUGGACUUCUGGCCAUUUGGAGAAGGCAUCGACGAUCACCAAGAACUGUUUCUUGUUUACGGGACCGGCGAAAUCCACAUGCACUCUCGACCACGGAUUUGUUGGUGUUCCCCAACUCUGCAUUUCCGUCUUCCGAGGGGUUUUGAUAGCUCUCACACAUGCGGAACAUCUCGCAACAUAUUAUUCGAUCUGAGUAUCAAUAUUCGGCCAGUAUACAUAGCCACGUGCAAGUGCUUUCAUCCGUGGUACCACUGAGUGAGCAGCAUGCAGCUCUAAUAUCACCUUACGAAGUAAGCUUGUGGGUACAACUACUCAAUCUCCAAACACCAGGCACCCGUCCACAAGUGAUAGGGAAUUUUUUUCGGUAAACAUACUGCUCAGUGUUCUUGUUGUCUGUGUGAGCGGGCCAACUAUGUUCGAG